AUGCAAAUGAGCUAAGGUGAAUUUUGGCCAAAAUAAGAAGAGAUUAUACAGGGAGAUUAGGAUGGUUUAUAGAAGAGAAAGAACAAAAAAAGGGUAAUUACAAAUCCCAGUUAAUAAACAGGACAUUGGAGUGAAUAAGAACAUCAAACUUAUAUUGAUUUUUUGAAUAUGCAUAGAUCUGUGAUGGAAUCACAAGAUCAAAAAAAGACAAGUAAAAUAUUUAAGCUGAUGAGUGAAACAAUUGGUAGUAGAAGUCCAUCACAAUGCAGAUCUCACCAUUAGAAAUUUAAUCCUUUUGUUCACCAAAUUAAAAAGAGGUAAAAAGGGGCUGGGAGAAGAAAAAAGGAAAAUUAAAAUACAGAUAAAAUGAAUAAGAAUGAUGAAAAUGCAUUCUUGUAAUCUUUAUAAAUACAGCAUUAAUUAUUUCAGCAAUAACCUUUGGAAUAUCAAAUGUUCUAGUUUCCUUAUUUUCCAUGUGUUCCUGUAUUCGAUAAUUAAUUAAAAGAAGAUGAAAAAUUAAAUGAGCAAUAGUUGUAUUUUUAAUAAUGUAUGCUCUUCCAAUAACAAUUACCACAAUAAUUGGAUGACAAGAACCUUUGUUGUUUUAAUUUUAAUUUUAUGCCUCAAUAGUAAAUGUAGUUAAAUUUUAAUUACUUUCAAUAAUAAUAAAUGUUCAACAAUGAUUUUCAAGCAUUAAAUUCAGGGGAUAUCAACAACAAAGAAAACCAAUUCGAUGAAUAAUGA